UGGAGGCUUUCGAUAUUGAAGCGGAAUUAUUUGGCGGGAGCUCCCCAUCUUUCCCUUUCUCCCUCCCCCCGCGGUGCUUUCGGCGUGCAUUUCCAGGCGAAAAGCUCCCCCCAGCCCCCCGGCCUCGCCCGUCGACGGCUCUCCUGUGCUCUUCCCUCUCUCUCUCGAGCGCAAGAAACCCUCGCGAUGGAGUUAGUUCUCAAGAAAUACUUUGGAUAUUCCCAGUUUCGACCUUAUCAGAAGGAGAUCAUUCUGAAGAUCCUAGAUGGACAAGAUUGCUUGGUGGUUAUGGCUACUGGAAGCGGGAAAUCUCUCUGUUAUCAGGUCCCUCCAUUGGUUAGAGGAAAGACUGCUAUCGUCAUUAGCCCUCUUCUAUCCUUGAUGCAGGAUCAGGUCAUGAGUCUAAAACAACGGGGUAUCAAGGCUGAUUAUCUUGGAAGUACUCAAAUCAAUCGAGCUGUUCAGUCUGAAGCUGAAAGUGGUAGCUUUGAUGUUCUGUACAUGACCCCAGAGAAAGCCUGCUUGCUUCCUUCAAGGUUCUGGAUUAAGUUGUUGAGUGUGGGGAUUUGUUUGUUGGCUGUUGAUGAAGCACACUGCAUAUCAGAGUGGGGUCAUGACUUCAGGAAGGAAUACAAGCAGCUGUAUACAUUACGUGGCCUUCUUCCAAGUGUCCCCUUUGUUGCCUUAACUGCCACAGCCACGGAGAAGUAUGCAUUAUCAUUUUGCCAAGGGUUAUUUUCAUGGGUACGGAAUGACAUUAUCUGCUCAUUGAACAUGAAUGACCCUUACAUUGCUAUCGGCUCAUUUGACCGUCAAAACCUUUUUUACGGUGCUAAAUCUUUCAGUCGAUCUCAGUCAUUUUUGGAUGAGCUUGUAACAGAGGUUUCAAAAUACAGUGCUAAUGCUGGUUCAACUAUCAUAUAUUGUACAACUGUUAAGGAUGCAGAACAGAUCUGUGAGUCAUUAAGGAAUGCUGGAAUCAAGUCUGGUAUAUAUCAUGGUCAAAUGAGCAGUAAAGCUAGGGAAGAGUCCCACAGAUCCUUCAUCAGAGAUGAGCUCCAAGUAAUGGUUGCCACUGUUGCUUUUGGUAUGGGUAUUGAUAAGCCAAACAUAAGGUGUGUAAUUCACUAUGGCUGUCCGAAAAGUCUAGAGACAUAUUAUCAGGAAAGUGGGCGUUGUGGUAGAGAUGGAUUGACUUCAAUCUGCUGGUUAUAUUAUUCAAGAAGUGAUUUUGCAAAAGUGGAUUUCUACUGUGCAGAAGCACAAUCUGAAAAUCAAAGGAAAGCUAUUAUGGAGUCCUUUAGGGCAGCAGAAAAAUAUUGCAUGCUGGCCGCUUGCCGCAGGAAGUUUUUAUUGCAGUAUUUUGGUGAAAGAAACACAAAUGACUGCGGUAACUGUGAUAAUUGCAGCGGGUGUAAAAGGGAAAGAGACUUGUCAAGGGAAUCAUUCUUGUUAUUAUCAUGUAUACGAUCUUGUGGCGGUCGAUGGGGCCUCAAUAUGCCAAUCGAUGUUCUUCGUGGAUCUCAUUCAAGGAAGAUACUUGAUAACAAUUUUGACAAGCUUCCAUUGCAUGGUCUUGGGAAAGAUUAUUCAGCCACUUGGUGGAAAGCACUUGCUGCUCUACUUCUUGCUGAUGAUUAUUUAAAGGACAAUAUUCAGGAUUCAUAUAGACUUGUGAGUGUCAGCCUAAGAGGAUUACAGUUUCUCCGUUCUGCAAGUACUGUGCAUCAAACUCCACUGGUUUUGGCACUGACUAGUGAGAUGAUUGAUGAGGAAGAACAUGGAGGUCCACAGAGUAAAGUUGGAGAUCUUCAAAAUCUUGCUACUCUAGAAAGUGAAGGAUUCUCUGAGGCAGAGGCAAAGUUCUACCACAGGCUUUUAGAUAUCAGAAUGAAACUUGCCAGAGAUGAUGGAACUGCUCCAUAUGCUAUAUGUGGUGAUCAAGCAAUUAAAAAGAUAGCCAAGAUAAGGCCAUCCACCAAAGCUAGGUUCGCAAACAUUGAUGGUGUGAACCAGCACCUUGUGAAAAAGUAUGGUGAUAGUUUUCUUCAGAACAUCAGUCACUUAUCACAAGAAUUGAACCUUUCAUUGGAUGAAGGAACAGUACUAACUGCUACCGCAGAGUGUCCAAAUUCUCAGAGAAGACUUGCUGCUGUCACUGUGAAGGAGUAUCCGAACUCUCAGAAAAAUUUAGCUCCAGCCAAGUUUGGUGCAUGGCAAAUGUGGCAAGCUGGACUUUCAUUGCAAAAAAUUGCUAAUUCGCCUGGGAAAUCAGCUCCUAUAAAAGUACAGACAGUUGUUGGUUACAUCCUUGAAGCUGCUCGUGAGAGGUUUGAGAUCAAUUGGACCAGAUUUUGUGAGGAAAUAGGCCUAACACCUGAGAUAAUCUCACAAAUUCGUUCUGCCAUUACAAAAAUUGGAUCGAGGGAUAGGUUAAAACCAAUCAAGGAGGAAUUACCUGAAAAUGUAAGUUAUGAGCACAUCAAGACCCUCUUGACAAUGGAAGAUCUUGGUGGAUCAGCAGAAGAUAUUACUGGUGAAAUUUCGACCAUGGUGCCUGAAUCACCAUCAUCAUGUGAUGUUGCCAAAUCAGAAGUGAAAAGUAGUGUCCAUGAAGCCUGCAUCAGAAAAAAGGCGUCAUUUCAUUCCCUGGAGAGUAUGACUGAUCCCAUUUCUGCUUGUAAACGGAUGGAGAACCCUCUACAUUUUGAAUCUUUUGCGAAAAAGCUACACACAUUCCAUGGACAAGAAGAAAAACAGAAUGAUGAUUUAGAGGUGACCGAGAGUGCUGCCUUGGAGUGGGUUAGAAACCAAGAUGGGGUUUCAUUAUCAGAUGUCAUAGAGCACUUCAAAGGAUCAAACAAAGACACUGUGGUCAGGCUGUUAGCCUACCUUGAAGGUGAGUUUUUGGUAUUUAAGAAGAAUGAUUUGUACCGAGCCAUGUAAAGGAUGAUAACCUUAGACAACAUGCAAUCACUUGGGAACAAGUGUUGAACGAGACAAAGAAGGAUCAUGUUCUGUAUCUACAAUCUAAGUCAUCAUCUGAUGUACAUGGCAAUAUCGAGCUUCAUAUUCCAUUCUUA